CAUCACUAUAUCUGUCAAAAAAACUGUCAUUCGGACAUAAACAAGCGACAAUUUGGAAAUAAUUAAUAUAAAAUAUUCUCAAUUUAAUAACUUUGUAAGAUAUUAAAGCCAAAUACAUACAAUGGCGUCAGAACAAUAUACAAAGAAAAUGCUGGACGGGUGGUAUUGUCGCUCUAUAGCCAACAUGCAGGCGAAUGAAGCGGCGGCGGCUGCAGCUGCGGCUGCUACAAGCGGGAGUGCGAAUCCUAACCCUCCGCCGGAACCUCAGCGUCCUCGUGAGAUUAAGAAAGAUUAUUCGAGCGAAGAGAGCAGCGAACCCGAACCUGAACCCAACUACCGGGCGCAAUAUCUUGCCUUAAAGAAGAAACUCAAAUACCUCAUAUACGAAAACGAAUGCUUCCAAGAUGCACUUAGAUCUAGUCAAAAGAGAUUACUGAAGGUGUCUAGAGAUCGGAGCUUCCUCCUAGACCGGCUCUUACAGUAUGAGAAGGGAGAAAGUACAACUUCUGAAAGCGAAGACACAGAGUCUUCUGAUGAUACUGAUUAUCAACGACCUGAUACUAAACGCAAGAAACUGGAGAGUGGUACCUCCCACCAGAACAUGUCUACGCCAUCAUCAGUGAACAAAGGGCCUGGGGCUGUCAAGAGGAAAAGAGCAGUGGUCCCCAAGAAACAGCCCAACAUCAGCCAUCCGGGCAAUGAGAGAAUACUGCACGCGAGCGCGGGUAUGGCGAAGGCGUCGCCGGGGCUAGGCCUGGGGCUCGGGCUGCCGGCGCACGACGGGCACAUGACGCCCGAGGAGGUGGAGCGGCACCUGCAGUCGCGGCAUUCCUACCUCGAGCUGCUGCCCGAGCGCGCUCCGCCCACCGUGCCCACUGAGAUGUUCAGCAACGACCCCUCCCUCGACAGUGAGUCCAAUGACGUUUUGGAGAAUUCACCGAAUGUGGAGGAGUGGUUUGACUAGCGGUUACCUCCCGCCAGAUUCAGGCGCCUGCUCCAAAUUAGUUAGCAUACAGUAUUCACCAUAUAAGGACACUUCGUUAAUAUACAGUUAAUGUACGGAUAUUAUGUUUAAAUAGUGAGAUUGCAAAUAAAAGGCUAAGUUAAAUAUUAUGUAUGUAUUGGAUAAAUAUUUAUUUAGACAAUUACAAUAUGAUGUCGAACAGUCGAAGCAAGAACAAACAUCUAUCUCUAUUUCUGCAUCACACUCAAACUUCAUGCGAUAUUGUACAUUUUUGAUAAUAAUCACACACAAUACACGAUGUGUACAUGUAUCAAAUAAGCUUGUAUAAUCUGCUCCGUAACUUUCAUAAUAUACAUAUAAGAUAUACCACACUUCAACAAGAUGAAAUACAUGGAUGUGAAACAA